CAUCUUUUUGACGCUCCUCAUUUCUCAGUCUGAUUUCAGGAGAAUAGGAAUAGCCCCACUUCUUCUUCUCCUCUACUCACGAGAAGUAUCAAGUCUGUUAGUAAUCCCAAGAACAUUCUGAUUUGGCGUUACUUCUUCUUCUUGGAUUAUUCCUAGGAUUUUGGUUCUGGUUCUUUCAUCUCUGCCGUCAAACGUUUAUCUUCUCACAUUCCUCCGUCCAAAAAACCGUUUCUUGAAAGCUAGGACUUGCGAGUAUUCAAGCUUGAAUUGCCAUAAUGCUUUCGUUCGAGAUGAAUGACAGGAAAAAAAUAGGGCUUGGAUUGACAGGGUUCGGCAUACUUUUCUCAUUUUUGGGAAUUGUUUUCUUCUUUGACAAAGGGCUUCUUGCGAUGGGAAAUAUCCUCUUCUUAUCAGGCUUGAUGUUGACCAUUGGACUGAAAUCAACAAUGCAGUUUUUCAUGAAACGCCAGAAUUAUAAGGGGACAAUCUCUUUUGGCAUUGGUUUCUUUUUGGUCCUCAUUGGAUGGCCUCUCAUGGGCAUGAUCUUGGAGGCAUAUGGUUUCAUUGUGCUUUUCAGUGGGUUUUGGCCUACAUUGGCGGUGUUUCUGCAGAGAAUUCCCAUCCUUGGUUGGAUCUUUCAACAGCCUUUUGUCAUGUCGUUCAUGGAUAAGUACAGAGGUAAAAGGGUGCCAGUCUGAGAAAUGCUGAGUCGACCACAACUGAAACUAAUCCUCUGCGUCUAACAGGCUACAUAAGAUACUUAUGACCCCGGAUACCCAAUGCUGUCAUGUGAUUUGGUUCAAAUUGUUGCUAAUGAAAACCUUUAGUCAAAAGUGAUACCUUAUCUGUAUAAUCACUCUGGUUCUUUCCUUGUUCGGCCGCUCCCACAUUGUUGAUAUCAUGUUACUUACAGGCGCGAUCAGUUAUAGCUUCUUGUAUUGGUAUACGCCAUUAGGGUAAGCAGGGUUGGAUGGCCAAAUUAAGAACUCUUUUCUCUGGGUAAUUUUUUUUUUAGUUUUUUUUUUUCUUUUUUGUUUUACAAUUUUGAUCCGGCAAUCUGUGAUUGCAUUUUUGACGUUCGGGAUUGAGAAAUAGUAGGUGAAACAUUAAAUAUAUGCAAUAUUUCAGUCUGUUGACUGAUAGUUUUAAGCU